GGAACCUCUAUUUCAUGUAUUCUCAAGCUUGCUUUCUUUAACCAAUUGUAUUGGGAAAGUUAAUAAAAUAGAAGAAAAUGUUCUUCAACUUUGAUCUUCGUCUAAUAUUUUCACAGAUUUAUUUUUACUUCCUCCCCUUAGUAUUCUUCUUGUUCUUCAUCAAUUUUAGAACCAAUAUUUUAACCAAUCUUUUUUUCGUAUCCAAGUCCACCAAAAUCCCAAGAUCAUAUCCUAUUAUUGGCUCUUAUUUCUCAAUUAAAUCCAACAAAAAUCGUCGGAUUCAAUGGACAUCUGAUAUUGUUUUAAGUACACCAACUCUUACUUUUACACUCCGUCGACCUUUUGGCCAUCGUCAUAUAUUCACAGGAAAUUCCUCAAAUGUUCAACAUAUUCUCAAAAACCAUUUCCAUAAAUAUCAAAAAGGGUAUCUUGGUAAAGAAACUCUUAAGGAUCUUUUAGGUAAUGGGAUUUUUAAUGCUGAUGGUGAAAUUUGGAAAUACCAAAGAAAACUUGCUAGCCAUGAGUUUAACUCGAAAUCUUUGCGUAAAUUCGUUGAAAAGGUAGUAAAUAUUGAACUGUGUGAUCGUCUUAUUCCUAUUCUGACUAUGGCUGCGGCUUCUAAAAAGUGUGUUCUUGACAUGCAAGAUUUGCUUCAAAGGUUUGCUUUUGAUAACAUUUGCAUGGUUGCUUAUGGUUAUGAUCCUGCAUAUUUAUUACCAUCUUUUCCCGAGGCAAAAUUUGCGAAUGCUUUUGAAGAAGUUGUUCGAAUUAGUAGUGAGAGAUUCAAUUCUCUUGCUCCGUUUAUAUGGAAGGUCAAGAGAAUCCUCAACGUUGGAUCGGAGAAGAAAUUGAAGGUUUGUGCAACACAAAUUCGCGAAAUGGCUAAGGAAAUAAUCAAGGAAAAGAAGGAGAAGAAAUCACUUUUGACUAAUUCUAGUGGUGAUGAUCUUCUUUCAAGAUUCUUAAUAAGCUCUGAGCAAUAUCAAGAUGAAGAGUUCAUUAUAGAUAUUGUGAUAAGCUUUAUCUUGGCUGGAAGGGACACAACUUCUGCUGCACUAACAUGGUUUUUCUGGUUGAUUUUCAAGAAUCCUAAUGUCGAAAAAGAAAUCUUGGAGGAAAUCGCUAAGAGUAGUAAUGAAUCUUCGACGUACGAUGAAGUGAAAGACAUGCCAUAUACUCAUGCAUCACUAUGUGAGAGUAUGAGAUUUUUCCCACCUGUCCCUGUGGAUACUAAAGAAGCCAUGCAAGAUGAUAUUUUGCCAGAUGGAACAUUCAUGAAGAGAGGAACAAGAAUAAGUUAUCAUCCGUACGCAAUGGGGAGAGCGGAGGCUAUAUGGGGGAAGGACUGGCAGACUUUUAGACCAGAAAGGUGGCUGGAAAAGGAUGUCAGGACAGGAAACUGGAGGUUUGUUCCUAAGGAUCCAUUCGUGUAUCCUGUGUUUCAAGCUGGACCUAGGGUUUGUUUGGGGAAGGAGAUGGCAUUUUUGCAGAUGAAGAAGGUGGUCGCCGGAGUUCUACGGCGGUUUAGGGUGGUUCCGGUGCUGGAAAAAGGUGAAGAGGAGCCAGUGUUGAUAGCUUACCUUACUACUAAGAUGAAGGGUGGUUUCUUGGUGAGGAUUGAGCAAAGGACAAAUUGAUAGGACCCACACUCCCUUCCCUUACAAUAAUAAAAUCUCCGUUAAUUAUACUAAGGGGAGAAAUAUAAACAAUAUAUAUGUUUGCGUGUGAGAAAGAAUAUAUUUAUAGAUUUUUUUUAGUGUGUGUGGUG